AUGAAGGCAAGCGUCAAGGCACUGCUGGUGCUCGGCGUUUACGCCGCCCACACGGGCGCACAGGCCGCGCCGCUCGAGCAAUUUAAGAUGCUCAUGCAGACGCGCCAAGCCUCUUCAUCCAACCAGACCGACACUUCGACGCUCUCGUGGAACAUCAGCUCGGAAGCGAAUUCGGCGCUGGCACAGGCUCCUCUUGCGGGCACCUUCUACCGCGGAGGUCCUGAGCUGGCGGACAUCAACAGCCCUUUCCACCCAGUCACGGGCAACGGUGGCUGGGAAUGGGCGGUGGACAAGGCGCGAAGCGUCGUCGACCAGCUCACGCUCGACGAGAAGGUCAAUCUCACCGCGGGCAUUACAGGCGGUCGCUGCGAAGGUACGCUCGGCCGUGUUGACCGCUUCGGCAUCCCUGAGCUUUGCUUCCAGGAUGGUCCCGCCGGAUUCCGUGCCUCGGACUUUGUCACCGUCUUCCCCGCCGGUGUGACGACCGCAGCUACGUGGAACCGAGACCUCAUGUACAAGCGCGCCGCAGCUCUCGGCGCAGAGUUCGUCGCCAAGGGCGUCAACGUCCACCUUGGCCCUGUUACGGGUGGCCCGCUCGGCCGCGGGCCGUACCAGGGCAGGAACUGGGAGGGCUUCGGACCCGAUCCCUACCUUCACGGCGAGGCUGCUUACUACACCGUCUCUGGUACCCAGUCGGCAGGUGUGAUCACCACCGCCAAGCACUUCCUCGCGUACGAACAGGAGACGUACCGACAGCUGUAUGCUGCUUCGGAUCCGUACACGCUCAACCCGAACAACAACACCGCGCUCACCUACAGCGCCAACCUCGACGACCGCACACUGCACGAGCUCUACCUCUGGCCAUUCAUGAACGCCGUCCGAGCCGGCAGCGGCGGCAUCAUGUGCGUGUACAAUCGUCUGAAUGGAACGCAGGGCUGCGAGUCCAGCAAGGUGCUCAACGAGAUCCUCAAGGACGAGCUGGACUUCCAGGGCUUUGUGGUGACCGACUGGUCGGCGGCGUUCAACACGAGCAACACGUACAACGGCGGGUCGGACGUGGUGAUGCCCGGCGGAAUGACGGGKGGGKACAAGAAUCUGGUGGGCGGAUCGGACCUCGUUCGCGCGCUCGACGCAGGCGAGGUCAAGAUCGAGCGCAUCAAUGACGGAAUCGUGCGCCUGCUCGCACAGUGGUAUCUGCACGGACAGGACAAGGACUACCCCACCGUCAGCUACAAGGACGGCUACCAGAACACGCUCUACAACGGCUCGGUGGUCAACGAGCACCGCAACGUGCAGGGCGACCACUGGAAGAUCGUCAAGGAGGUGGCAGAGGAGGCGGUGACGCUCAUCUACAACAAGGCUACGCACAAGCCGGGCCAGCAGGGCAACACGGGAUACACUGUCGGUCUGCCGCUUGCCAAGCAGGCGCGCGUCGCCGUGUUUGGCAGCGAUGCCGGUCCCAACCCGUACGGGCUCAACUCGUGCCAGUCGUGGAUCGGGCUUGGUUCGCAGCUGUGCCCUGCGAAUGCGACGUCGAACGGCACGCAGGCGAUUGGGUGGGGAUCUGGCGCUGGCUUCUUCCCCUACCUCAUCGACCCGCUUGCUGGCAUCUCGGAGGCGGCUCGCGAGAACCAGGGCGCGGUGCUGGCCAACCUCAACGACGUCGGUGACGAGCAGAACCAGAUGCUCAUCAAGCAGGCGGCUGGUCUUGCCGACGCCUCGCUCGUCUUUGUCCAGGCGAGGUCGGGCGAGGAUAGCGACCGCCACUCGCUUCGUCUGGACGCCGAUGGCGACGAACUGAUCAAGCUCGUGGCAUCGCAGAGCAACAACACGAUCGUCGUCAUGCACACCGUCGGCCCCGUGCUGAUGAGCGACUGGUUCGACCACCCGAACAUCACUGCGCUCGUGCUGCCGCACCUGCCUGGACAGGAGUCUGGCAAUUCGCUUGCGCGCGUGCUGUACGGCGACGUCAACCCGUCCGGCAAGAUGCCCUACUCGAUGCUCGCCGACGACGAUGCGGUUCACUACCCACGCAUCGUUGGCAGUCCCGCGAGCGACCCGCAGGUCGACUUCACCGAAGGACUCUACAUCGACUACCGCGCGUGGGACAAGAUGGGUCUCAAGCCCCUCAUCCCCUUCGGCCACGGUAUCUCGUACACCAACUACAGCUACGCGAACCUCGCCAUCCAAAAGUCGGCCGACAACUGCUAUGCGCCCAGCAUGGUGCAGUCCAAGAGCGAAAAGAUGCCCGGUGGCGCAGCAUCUCUGUUCCAGUACCUCGUCGAGGUCACCGCCGAAGUCAAGAACGUCGGCGCCAUGAAGGGCGACGAGGUGGCUCAGCUCUAUGUUGGCUAUCCCGACGAGGCCGAGGCGCCGGUUCGACAGCUGCGAGGCUUUGACAAGGUCAGGGAUCUCGAGCCCAACGCGUCCAAGACCGCCACGUUCAAGCUGAGCAAGCGCGACUUUUCGGUGUGGGACGUGGUCAGGCAGGAGUUCCGCGUGGUCGACGGCACGUACCAGAUCUGGGUGGGCAAGAGCUCGCGCGUCGCCGACCUGGCGCUCACGGGCUCCGUCACCAUGAAGAACGGCAUGGUCGUUGGCAUGAGCUCGUCGUCGUCGUAA